AUCUAGUUGAACAAGAAAGAAAGUUCAGAUUAUUAAACAGCUACAGAAGACCAUUCUUAGCUGUGGUUUUCUCAUUAUUGACUGAUAUUCAACAAAAUACUAAUUUUUUGAUCUUCUCAAUACUCCACGUUUUUGUAUAAAAUUCUCGAACACAGUCUCCACGUAUAUAAAUAUAGAUACUUCUUAUUCUUUCCAAGAUAAUCUCAAUUUUAUAACAAACUCCACUCCAAAAGAAUUUGAAGCAGAAGAGUUGUUGAACAGAGGAGUGUUGUGUAACAGAGGAGUUUCAGAAGACCAAGAAGGAAACCCAGAGUGGGUUUUGGAGUUUUGGACCUUUUGGUUGGUUAUAAAUGGAUCGUGGUGAAAUAUAUAAAGUAGCAAGUUUGAGAAGAAGUUCAUCAGCUUGGAGAAACAAUUCUGCGCAAGAAAUAUUCUCAAGAUCUUCCAGAGAUGAAAAUGACGAAGAAGCAUUAAAAUGGGCUGCUUUAGAGAAACUUCCAACUUAUAAUCGUUUAAGAAAAGGGAUUCUCCCUGAUGGUGAUGCAACUAAAGAAAUCGAUAUUCACAAUCUUGGGUUUCCAGAGAAAAAAGAAUUGAUUGAGAGAUUAUUAAGAGUUGCUGAAGAAGACAACGCGAAGUUCUUGACAAAACUUAAGAAUCGAAUUGAUAGAGUGGGACUUGAUCUUCCAACAAUUGAAGUGAGGUAUGAAAAUCUAAGGAUAGAUGCUGAAUCUUAUGGACAAGGAAGAUCUUUACCAACACUACUCAACGCUACUGUCAAUGUUAUUGAGGGGUUUUUGAGUUUUCUCCGUAUUCUACCGAAUAGAAAGAAACCAUUUUCAAUCCUUAAUGACGUUAGCGGAAUCAUCAAACCUAACAGGAUGACACUGCUUUUAGGGCCACCCAGUUCUGGAAAAACUACUAUGCUCUUGGCUUUGGCUGGAAAGCUUGAUAAAGAUCUUAAGGUGUCAGGGAGAGUAAGUUAUAAUGGCCAUGGAAUGCAUGAAUUUGUUCCACAAAGAACAUCUGCGUAUAUCGGUCAAUAUGAUCUUCAUAUCGGAGAAAUGACUGUCAGAGAAACCUUGGCUUUCUCCGCUAGAUGUCAAGGUGCUGGAACUGGUUAUGAUAUGUUGGCAGAGAUUUCAAGAAGGGAAAAAGCUGCAAACAUUAAGCCUGAUCCAGAUAUUGAUGUCUAUAUGAAGGCAGCAGCAAUAGAUGGUCAAGAAGCCAAUGUAGUUACAGACUACAUUUUAAAGAUUUUGGGGUUGGAUAUCUGCGCUGAUACCCUGGUUGGUGAUCAAAUGUUGAGAGGUAUCUCUGGGGGACAAAAGAAACGUGUAACAACAGGGGAAAUGAUGGUCGGGCCGGCAAGAGCAUUGUUCAUGGAUGAGAUAUCUACAGGUCUAGACAGUUCUACGACGUUUCAGAUUGUGAGUUCACUUAGGCAGACGGUCCAUAUCAUGAAUGCUACCGCUGUGAUAUCUCUUCUGCAACCAGCACCAGAAACUUAUGAUCUCUUCGACGACAUUAUCCUCCUGUCUGAUGGGAAAAUCGUUUAUCAAGGUCCGCGAGAACAUGUGCUCGAGUUUUUUGAGUCUAUGGGAUUCAGAUGUCCGGAAAGGAAAGGAGUUGCGGAUUUCUUGCAAGAAGUAACAUCAAAGAAAGAUCAGCAACAGUAUUGGGCUCGUAGAGACGAGCCUUACUCUUUCGUCACAGUCAAUGAUUUCACACAGGCUUUUCAGUCGUUUCAUAUUGGCCGAAAAUUAAGAGAAGAACUUGCCACUCCAUUUAACAAGUCGAAGAGCCACCCAGCUGCUUUGACCACUGAGAAAUACGGAGUUAGCAAGACUGAACUAUUAAAAGCUUGUGCCGCAAGAGAAUACUUGUUAAUGAAAAGGAAUUCCUUCGUUUAUAUUUUCAAGUUGUUCCAGCUUAUCUUCAUUGCAUUUGUUACGAUGACCCUCUUUCUGCGUACUGAAAUGAAGGAAGAUACUGUUGUCGAUGGUGGGAUAUAUAUGGGAGCCUUGUUUUUUACUCUUAUGAUGAUUAUGUUUAAUGGGUUUUCGGAGCUUGCCAUGACUGUGAUGAAGCUUCCUGUGUUUUUCAAGCAAAGAGAUCUGCGCUUUUACCCUGCAUGGGCAUAUACUCUUCCUACAUGGAUCCUCAAAAUUCCUAUCACAUUUGUAGAAGUUGCAGUUUGGGUGUUCAUGACUUACUAUGUCAUUGGAUUUGAUCCAAAUGUCGAAAGGUUGUUUAGGCAGUACUUUCUACUCCUAUUUGUAAACCAGAUGGCUGCAGCACUGUUCCGAUUAGCUGCAGGGUUGGGAAGAAAUAUGAUAGUUGCAAACACAAUUGGAUCCUUUAUUUUACUUAUUCUAUUGGCCCUUGGAGGAUUCGUUCUAUCUCGAGAUAAUGUGAAAAAAUGGUGGAUCUGGGGAUACUGGAUAUCUCCGUUAAUGUAUGGGACAAAUGCAGCACUCGCGAACGAGUUUUAUGGCAGUCGAUGGAACAAAACUCUUCCCGGUACGAAUGAUACACUAGGAGAGGCAAUUAUCAAAUCUCGUGGAUUCUUCGCAGAUCCAUCUUGGUAUUGGAUUGGAGUUGGGGCGUUGCUUGGAUAUGUUAUCCUAUUCAACUUGCUUUUCACUUUGGCUCUUACUUAUCUCAAUCCAUUUGCAAAUUCCCGGGCAGUCAUAUCUGACGAUUCAGUAUCUGAAAAAACUGGAAAAGAGAUGGAGUUAACCUCUCGUAGAAAGAACUCCACAAGUCGUGGUUCUAGAGGGAUGGACUCUAUUAAUGAGGAAACCGGAAACAAGAAGCGUGGAAUGGUUCUUCCGUUUCAACCUUUUUCUAUCACUUUUGAUGAAAUUACAUAUUCCGUAGAUAUGCCAGCGGAAAUGAAAGCUCAAGGAGUCACUGAAGAUCGACUGGAGCUUCUAAAAGGUAUCAGUGGAGCUUUUAGGCCAGGAGUUCUUACAGCUUUAAUGGGUGUUAGUGGUGCGGGUAAGACUACUCUUAUGGAUGUUUUGGCGGGAAGAAAAACUGGUGGACAUAUCGAUGGAAACAUCAUGAUAUCUGGAUAUCCAAAGAAGCAAGAGACAUUUGCACGCAUAUCAGGAUACUGCGAGCAGAACGAUAUUCAUUCUCCACAUGUUACAAUCUAUGAGUCCAUUCUCUAUUCUGCUUGGCUUCGGUUACCCGAGGAUGUCCAACCUGAAACAAGAAAGAUGUUUGUUGAGGAGGUAAUGGAGCUUGUCGAGCUGUCUUCACUGCGGGGAGCACUAGUUGGGUUGCCUGGUGUGAAUGGACUAUCAACUGAGCAGAGAAAACGAUUAACCAUUGCUGUCGAAUUAGUUGCUAACCCAUCCAUUAUAUUUAUGGAUGAGCCAACAUCUGGCCUAGAUGCAAGGGCAGCAGCUAUUGUGAUGAGAGCUGUGAGGAAUACCGUGGACACAGGAAGAACUGUUGUAUGCACCAUCCAUCAGCCUAGUAUUGACAUAUUUGAAUCCUUUGACGAGUUAUUCCUAAUGAAGAGGGGAGGACAAGAAAUUUAUGUCGGACCUCUGGGUCGCCAUUCUUGCCAUUUAAUCAGAUAUUUUGAGGGAAUUGAAGGAGUCAGUAAAAUCAAAGAUGGUUAUAAUCCGGCAACGUGGAUGUUGGAGGUGACUUCUGCAGGACAAGAAGCUGGUCUGGGGGUUGACUUCACUGAUAUAUACAAAAACUCGGAGCUAUACAAGAGAAACAAAGAGCUCAUCAAAGAACUAAGUGUCGCACCUCCUAGUACCAAGGAUUUGUACUUCCCGACCAUGUACUCCAGAUCAUUCUUUACUCAAUGCAUGGCUUGCCUGUGGAAACAAUACUGGUCAUACUGGCGAAACCCUCCAUACACGGCAGUGAGAUUUUACUUUACAGUGGUCAUCGCAUUGAUGUUUGGUACAAUUUUCUGGGAUCUUGGUACUAAGACGUCACGAAGACAAGAUCUGUUUAAUGCUUUGGGUUCUAUGUAUCUCGCUGUUAUCUUUCUUGGAGUUCAAAACACCUCGUCAGUGCAGCCGAUUGUUGCUGUGGAGCGAACAGUCUUUUACAGAGAAAGAGCAGCUGGAAUGUACUCCGCCUUGCCUUAUGCCUUCGGACAGGUAGUUAUUGAGAUUCCAUAUAUCUUGCUUCAGUCUUUGGUCUACGGAGUUAUAGUGUACGCCAUGAUCGGAUUUGAAUGGACAGCCGCAAAGUUUUUCUGGUAUAUCUUCUAUAUGUUCUUCACGUUGUGUUACUUUACGUUCUACGGAAUGAUGACCGUGGCAGUGACACCAAACGAAACAAUUGCAUCCAUUAUUGGUGCUGCAUUCUACGGCUUAUGGAAUCUCUUUUCAGGAUUUAUAGUCCCACGAACGAAAAUUCCAAUUUGGUGGAGAUGGUACUACUGGGCAUGCCCUGUUGCAUGGACCUUAUAUGGAUUAGCUGUCUCGCAGUUUGGAGACAUACAAACUGUCAUGGUCGACACAGAUGUUACAGUGGAGGUUUUCAUGAAGGAUUAUUUUGGUUUCGAACGUGAUUUCCACCCGGUGGUUGCAGUUGUUGUCUUCGGAAUUCCUGUACUUUUCGCCUUCAUCUUUGCCUAUGCCAUCAGAACUCUUAACUUCCAGAAAAGAUAAUAGAUUAUAGCCAUCUAUUUGGCUUACAUAUAUGUUAUUGUUGUUGAGUCGUCUUCAUUAAGGUAUACUAUCUUCGAGUUUCACCAAGGUUUAAGAUGUGGUAGUACACGAGACUUUCCAACAUUGGUCUUGGUACUUUUUGUAUAGUUAUUGGUUCAUUAUUUUUCUCUGACUCCAUGUAAUAUUUUUUUAUGUAUAUUUUGGGCAUUUUAAUAAAAUGAGUGGAGACUCCUUAAUAAA